GCUUGAGGCUGGGAAAGUUGCGACGGCCCUUGUUCGUGAGCUGCUUGUUUGGAAGGUUGCUCAAGGCCACUGAUAGCAGCCUUCAUAAGGCAAUUUGGCUAGUUGCUUAUCGAACGUUGCGACGACAUCAUUGCUAGUAUUGGAUAACUCCCGGCGAUAUUGCUCGUAGGGGGUAUCUGGAAAAUGUCACAAUCACAUCGUAUCCAAUAGAUGAUGGGACAUGAAACAGAGCUUAGGGAGUCAUAAAUAUUUAUCUAGCUAUUCUUUGGACUUCGCCAAAGUAGCCAACAUAUUGAUAAAUUCAACAUGAGGCAUACUCAAAACCGUUAGGUACGACUCGGUACUUCGUCGGUUUCAGGAGCUGCGGUAGUCUGAUUUAUGGCCCUUUAGAUUUCCCUGGUUGAUCUCCUCUGUAUGUGGCUGGGAAGUGGGUAAGUAGAAUUUUGAUGCCCUAGCUAAUGUUGAUCGUCUUCGCAAAGCGAGGGCGCAGGCUAUUCAUAACAAAGAAAACCAAGGUCGCGAUCUUCUUCAUGCGAUAAAGCUCUUGCGUAGGCUUACUACUGAGCCUAGAGACACAUAUCCUUGAUUCAGUAUGUGUCGAGCUACUUUACGAGCCUGGUUGGGAGGCCGGAAUCUGCUCGUUAUAUGUGACGUCUUGACUUCUGCUAGGGUUAUGAACCAGAAGCCCAACGCAGUGGUGUCAUCUGGCUCUUAUUGACCCUUUUGUGAGGUAUAGGCAUGACCCCCAGUUCGUUGUAAGUUUGGGAACGAUGGUCGCUAUGUAUUCGAUGUUGGAAAUGCCCUUGGCACCACGUCGGCUGCUGGUAGGUAUGGUUGGUGGAAAGUCUUGGGUUUCCGACAAAGCCCUUGCCAAGUGGUUGUUGGGCGUUCGACACAAGGUGUCUGCGAUUGUAAUAAUGGUUGAGGUAAUAGCAGGGUACACUUAACCAAGAGGAGCAGCUCGUUGCUUUGCCAUACAACCCGGUAUUGG